AUGCCACCAGAGGAACUGAAAACUUUGUUCUUAGAAGCCAAGAAGAAAAGAAGAAACUGUAAAGCUGCUAUUACCAGACUAGGGAAAGUACUAGAUAGACUGAUUAAUGAAAAAAGGGGAAUAGAAGAAAUCCAAGAAAUAGUUUUGAAAAUAGACACUGCAUUUGAUAAUCUGGUGGAAACACAUACUGCAUAUACUCAAAUGAUAGAAGAUGAGGAUGAAUUUGAAACUGCAGAAAUUUGGUUGGAUGAUGUGCAAAACCAGGUCACAACAUUAAAAAUGUAUUCCAAAGAUUAUGUUAAACGCUUAGAUGAUGAGUUCCAAGCCAAAACCCAGAAUGUUGAAAUUCCCCAGAGCCCUGAUCAAAUAAACCUGUCACCCUCUUCAUCCCCUAUUGAUAAUUCAUUACCUACUGAUAACCAGAGUAAUUCUGAUGUAAAUAAUAUUGUUGAUCCUUACAACCACAGUAUAGACGAUAAUCCGAGUACUUCUGCUGUUGUUAAUCCGAGUACUUCUGCUGUUAACCCAAGUACUUCUGCUGAUGAUAAUCCGAAUCCAAGUACUUCUGUGGAUCCGAGAGAUUCUGCUGCUGUUAAUCCAAGAAAUUCUACUGCUGUUAAUCCGAGAAAUUCUACUGCUGUUAAUCCGAGAAAUUCUACUGCUGUCAAUCCGAAUAAUUUUGAGUAUAUUCUGAGUACCGAGAAUAUGAAUGGUCUUACUGCUUCAACUAGCCUGAAUAGUAAUUCUGUCAGUGGAAAUCCUACACAAUCUACCGAUGUUUGUCAAUUUAAAAUGGAGAAAUCGAAGAUGCCAAAGUUUAGUGGAGAUGUUCGUGAAUAUUAUACUUUUAAGUCAGACUUUUUGCAUAUGGUUUCAUCGAGAUAUAGUAACGAGAUGCUAUAA